AUGGCGAGCCCUGCACGCCCGCGGCAGGAGCUGGCGGCGGAGGAGCGGCGGCUCCGCGGCGCGGCCCCGACGGUGCCCCGCGACGCCAAGCGGGACGCGGCGGGGGAGCGGCUGGUGCUGCUGGAGCUGCGGCGCUGCGGGCGGCCGCCGUCCCCCGGGCCCGGCGAGCGCCAGGAGGAGGGGGAGGAGGAAGAAGAGGAGGGGGAGGCGGCGGCGGGCGAAGACUGUUGCGGCAAGUGCAAGAAGCGGGUGCAGUUCGCCGACUCGCUGGGGCUGAGCCUCGCCAGCGUCAAGCACUUCAGCGACGCCGAGGAGCCGCAGGUGCCGCCCGCCGCGCUGUCCCACCUGCAGAGCCCGCCCGGCGAGGAGCGGGACCCGCCGCCGCCGCCCGGCGGGGACCCCCCGCCGCCCGCCCUGCUCCUGGUGCCCGACUUCCCCGACGGCGGGGAGCCCAGCGCCGAGCGGCUGCGGCGGCAGCGCGUCUGCCUGGAGCGGCUGGGGCGGCCUGCGGCGCCCACCGACGUGCGGGGCACGGUGCAAGUGCUGGGCGGCCCCGGCCUCAAGGAGGUGACGGUGCGCUACACCUUCAACGAGUGGCUCUCCUUCGUGGACGUCCCGGCCGCCCCCCUGCCCCCCGACCCGCCGGCCGAGCGCUACGGCUUCACCCUGUGCGUCCCGCCGAGCCUGCGGGAGGGCUCUGCCCUCCACUUCGCCAUCCGCUACCGCAGCGCGCAGGGCGAGUUCUGGGACAACAACGGCGGCCGCAACUACACCCUGCGGUGCUGCGGCUGCCCCGGGGGCGGCCCCGCACCGCCCGCCGCCGCCCCGCCGACCCCCGCCGCCCCCCGAUACUGA